CCUCCUCUCUCUCUCGCUCCUCAUCGUGCUCUGCUCGACCCAUCCUCUUCUCUAGGCCACCCGACCUACCUACAAUACCGGGCUCUAAUCUUGGCGAGGUUUCUUUCUUAGAAAGGCCAUUCCACCCCAUCUCGUCUAUGUCUUCUCCAGCGUCUUCCACGAUGAUGGCCUUGGCGCUUCUUCUCUUGCAGUGCCUCUUCCUCUUCCCGUCCGCUUUAGCGGGAGUGAUCUGCGAGGAGCUGCCGCAGGAGCUGUGCGCCUUCGCCAUCUCCUCCACGUCCAAGCGGUGCCUGCUGGACAGCACCCAGAACCAGGGUGGGCGCACCGAGUACCAGUGCAGGACGUCGGAGGCUGUGGUGGAGCGGAUGUCGGACUGGAUCGAGACGGACGAGUGCGUGCGGGCCUGCGGCGUCAGCCGCGACUCCGUCGGCAUCUCCUCCGACUCCCUCAUGGAGUCCGACUUCGCCCAGAAGCUCUGCUCUCAACCGUGCUAUCGCAACUGCCCCAACAUCGUCGACCUCUACUUCAAUCUCGCUGCCGGAGAAGGUGUUUUCCUGCCGGAUCUGUGCGAGGCUCAGCGAGUGAAUCCUCGGCGUUCCAUGGCGCAGAUUCUCAGCUCUGGAGCAGCACCUGGCCCUGUGGCUCCACCUCCUGUGUCGCCCUGAGUAUUUAGUGUCCUUUAUCGGGGGUUCCCCAUUUUACUUGGUGGAUAUGAGAAGUACAAGUCUGUUGGAGGGGAAUCCUCGGUUGAUAGAAAGUGUUGCGGCAUGUGGGAAUGUGUGGAUCUGCUAUUUUUCAGUGAUAUGAUUAUUAUAUAGGAUUUGCAGCCUCCUGUACUUUCAUUUAUACAUGAAAUAAAAUGAAGCCAUACUUCAGUUUUCUUACUU